CUAUCCAGACGCCGUAAACUCGGAAAGCAAUAUGGAGGCUCACAAGCUCCCACCCCUUGGUGAACAAAGAGUUCACAUCUCACAGCUCCCGAUGACGUGGCGAAAUUGGUAUAAGCACCUAAACUGGUGGGGAAUUAUCCUUACUAUAGUAGUUCCUCUUUACGGCUGUCUCCAGGCAUUCUCAACACCUCUUCAGAAAGAAACAGCAAUAUGGUCAGUCUUAUAUUACUUUUGUACGGGAUUUGGCAUCACUGCAGGCUAUCAUCGCCUUUGGGCACAUGCAUCGUAUGGGGCCUUCUUACCUUUAAAGGUCUUCCUAGCAUUGAUGGGAGCCGGAGCUGGAGAAGGGUCCAUCAGGUGGUGGGCUCGUGCACACCGAUCUCACCACCGGCACACAGACACCAGCAAGGACCCAUACUCGGUGAACAAGGGUCUUCUCUACUCUCACAUGGGCUGGUUGAUCUUCAAACAGAAUCCCAAGCGACUCGGUCGGGUAGACACUGCGGAUUUGAACGUGGACGCAGUCGUUGUAUGGCAACACCGCAAUUAUCUAGUCAUUAUACUCGCAACGGCAUUCCUGCUUCCAACGCUCGUCAGUGGUCUCGGAUGGGGAGAUUGGAAAGGUGGCUUCAUUUAUGCAGGGAUCCUCCGAAUGUUCUUUGUUCACCAGGCGACGUUUUGCGUCAACUCCCUCGCUCACUGGUUAGGAGAGCAACCAUUCGAUGACCGGAGAUCAUCACGGGAUCAUUUGAUCACUGCCCUUCUUGCAUUGGGAGAGGGGUAUCAUAAUUUCCACCAUUCCUUUCCCUCGGGCUAUCGCAAUGCAGAGAAAUGGUGGCAAUAUGAUGCGACUAAAUGGAUCAUCUGGAUAUGGGGUCAGCUUGGGCUUGCUUAUGACCUGAAGACAUUCGCCGCCAACGAGAUUCUCAAAUGUCGCCUGCAAAAACGGCAAAAGCUUCUUGAUCAUGAGAAGCUGCAGCUUGAUUGGGGAAUUCCUAUUGAGAGCUUACCGGUGAUUCAAUGGAGGGACUAUAUUUACCAGACAGAGGUCUCGAAGCGUCCUCUCAUUGUCAUUUCGGGUAUUGUGCAUGACGUGUCUCGCUUUAUGGAUACACAUCCUGGUGGCCGAAUUAUGAUCCAAAGCGGUAUCGGAAAGGAUGCCACAUCCAUGUUCAAGGGAGGUGUCUAUAUGCAUUCAAAGUCAGCUCACAACCAGCUUGCGAAGAUGAGGGUGGCUGUCAUAUACGGUGGUGGUGAGGAUGCUGAAUACCAAAGACAAGAG